AUGACCAAUGGUCAGCGCCUUGGUGUUAUACAUCAUACAAAAUACAAAGGAUCUAAGUGGUCUUACAUUGGUCCUGAUGGAGAGAAAACUUGGCCCAAGAAGUAUCCAUUUUGUGGAGGAAUGUUCCAGUCUCCAAUAGAUUUUCAUAAUGAUAUUCUCCAAUAUGAUACCACUCUCUUACCUUUAGAGCUUGUAGGCUACAAUGUGUCCUCCACUGACCACUUUAUGUUGACCAAUAAUGGUCAUUCAGUAAGAAUGAGCCUGUUUCCUACCAUGCACAUCAGAAAGCUCCCUUUCCAAUACACUGCAACUCAGCUUCACCUACACUGGGGAAACAGGAACAAGCCAGAAGGCUCGGAGCACACAGUCAGUGGGAGGCAUUUUGCAGCAGAGCUACAUAUUGUACAUUAUAACUCUGACAAAUACCCCGAUGUAACAGCAGCAAUAGACAAAUCAGAUGGGCUAGCAGUUUUGGCUGUUCUCAUUGAGAAAGGCCCAUUCAAUCCAUCCUAUGAAAAGAUCUUCGGUCAUUUCCAGAACGUGAAAUACAAAGACCAGGUAGCUCUAGUCCCAGGUUUUGACAUCCAAGAACUGCUUCCUGACCAACUGGAUGAGUAUUAUCGCUAUGAAGGAUCCCUGACAACUCCUCCUUGUUACCCUAGUGUUCUCUGGACAGUUUUCCGACACCCAGUAAAAGUUUCACAAGAACAGCUGCUGGCACUGGAAACAGCUCUGUACUGCACACAGCCCAAUGACCCCACGCCCCUGGAAAUGGUUAAUAACUUCAGACACAUUCAGGAGUUUGAUGAAAGGCUGGUUUCUGUCUCCUUCCGUCAAGGUGUUGUACUUUCAGUUGUGUUAGCCAGUGUUCUUGGAGUUAUCAUCAUGCUUGCAGUAGCCUUUUGGCUGCUUAGGAAGAAGAGUUGCAAAAAGGAACGAGAAGACAACAGAAGAGUCAUCUACAAGCCAGCCAUUGACAAAGAGGAUGACAACACCUCUAAAGUAUGAAUUCCUACUCUGCCACAGAACUCUCUUUUCAUUCAUGGCAUCGAGAGAAGUUUGCCUUGGGCAACAUGUUUCCUGUCUCCAGCCAGUUAUAAGCGUUGGAUGCACCUUUAAAACAAAGCAGCCAAAACACUCUGUGGUAGUCCUUGCCCACCUGAACCAAACCAGUUUUCUCUCAAGCAUGAAAAGCAGUCACUGAGAACUUUUUUGUUUUUGUGUCAAAUAUUACAAAAUGUCACGGACCUGAAGAAAGGACCAAAAACUUCACACCUGCUAAAGUUUGUCCUAAAUUACCUGGAACAAGCAAUCUAAUCAAAUGCUUGUCUAUUUGCACAAGAGCCAGUAAUCAGCCAGUAUUCUGGCUAGACUUGAGGGCCAAAUAUCUCACUAUACUAUGUUCAUAGAACCUUAGAAAUGCAGGGCAGGAAGGGACCUUGAGAAAUUCAUGUUGGCUGCAUGUUGGGUCUUUUAAAUAUAUUAAUUAAUCAAUCAUAAACUUGAGCUUUAUCGGCUAUUCAUGCCACAUUUCCCACAAAACACUGAAGUCUAAAGAUAUUCAUUAAUCGGUUAUCACUACUGUAUGGGAUUGCCUAUAUCCACUUCCCUGCUAAAAAAAAAUCAAACUAGGUGCUUCUCCAACAGUGGGCGCUUUAGCGUAGACCAGGUGCCAGUGUGUCUCCUAGACCUGCUAGUGUAGGUCAGCCAGUGGCAUUUUAACCACAUGGUUGAGACGAUAGUUGCUAAUUGCAGUGGACAGUCUUCCGUGCUAGCACAGCCAUUGGUGGAGCUGCAACAGUGGGAAAUAUUAGGGGGAAGAGGCUAGCAUAGCUAUAACGAGAGCCUCUUGAGCAGUCAGUGGUGUUUGAACCUAGAACCUCCAGUGCUAGACACAUAUGUCUCUCUACUACUUGAGCUAAAGACUCCUAAGCUAGGUGCGAUAUAAGACUCAUUACCUGUUACGUGUGUCAAUUGCUAAAGGGUGAUGAAAAUGAUACUCCCCUUGUGUGAUUUCCACAGAUAUAAUCUAAACCCUUCCUCACAUUUUAUUUUAUUGUGCUAAUUUUAUUUAAAAUGUAUGCCUGAAUAGUGGGGAGAUAAUGCAAUUACUACUUUUAAUCAGUCUGCUUUCCAUUAUAAUCAUGAAGCUGAUUAUUUUGAUUGUAUGAAAUGAGUAUUGACUAAUACUCAGCGUGUAUUAUUAGAUUGCAUAGUAGAUGGCUCUGAUGAAUUAGCUGUCUGAAUUUAGCAAUUUAAUUA